AUGCAAGUUGUGACUAAGUUUGAUGUAGUACGAAUUUGGGGAAGUGAUGCAGUGGGGUGGGAGUUUGUAGGUGCGGAAGGCAUGUCGGGGGGUCUGCUAUUGAUGUGGGAUAUCAUGCUGUUUAGAAUGAAUAACUGUUACAAAGGGGAGAUAUGGUUAUGUGUGGAAGGAGUCCUUUUGAAAAAUGAUUAUCGUUGUGCUUUUUGUUUGGUAUAUGGUGCUCAUACUAGAGCAGGAAAACUUGCUGUGUGGGAGGAACUGAGCUUUAUAGCUGGCUUAUGUCAAGUUUCGAUAUGUUACAUGGGUGACUUUAACGAGGUUACACAGGUUGAAGAGAGGAAAGAUCAGGACCGAUUAACAGCAUCAGCAGAAGAUUUUAAGAGUUGGGUUCAGGAUAUGCAGUUAGUGGAUUUACCUUUGAAUGAUCGCAACUAUACAUGGUUUAGAGGCAGCUCUUGCAGUCGUAUUGAUAGGGUACUUGUGAGCUUAGAAUGGACGGAGGAAUUUCCAGAGAUUCGGUUAAAAGGGGGACCGAGAGGCCUGUCAGAUCAUUGUCCAAUUAUAGUUCAGAAUACCAUAUGCAGAGAUGGUCUGCGUCCAUUUCGAAGUUUAGAUUCCUGUUUUACCCAUGAAGGUUUCUUAAGAAUGGUCAGAGAGGAAUGGAGGAACCUUGGUGAGGUGCAAUUCACAGAUAAGCUGAAAGCUCUUACGAUGCCUUUGAGAAGAUGGCAUAAGGAUAAAUUCGGUGACAUGGAUAAGAAAAUUCAGCACUUUGAGGAGGAGAUCAAGAAGGUAGAUGAGCUGGCAAGAAAUGGAGUAUAUGAUGGUACAUCGGAGGCUAGAAGGAAGGCUCUAGUAAGCUGUUGCAAGCAGUGGUAUGUGAGAAAAAAAAUACACUGGAAGCAGAUGUCACGCUCCAAGCAUGCGAAGGAUAUGGAUAAAAACACUAGAUACUUCCAUAACUUGGCGUCGGCAAGAAGGAGGAACAAUAGAAUUGAUGGCCUGAUAAUUAACGGUAGGUUGGUGAGGAAUCAAUCUCGGAUCAAGAUUGCUAUCCGAGACUUCUAUAAAUAUUUGUAUCACCAGGAGAGAUCACCGGUGGUGGGAUUUAGGGAUGGACUGGUAAAUCGGAUCGAUGAAGAGGAGUCCAUAGCUUUGGAGAGAUUACUGACAUCAGAGGAGAUUAGAGAGGCAGUUUGGGAUUGCGAAUCUUCUAAGGCUCCAAGAAGUGAUGGGUAUAACAUGAAUUUCAUCAAGAAGUGCUGGGAUGAGAUUGGUGCUGAGUUCACCAAAGCUGUUAUGGAUUUUUUCUGA